AUGUAUUUAUUAUCACAAUUAAAUCUAUCAUUAUUAGUAUUAUUUCUUAUUAUUUUGUGUAACAUAACACCCUAUGAAUGUGGCAAAAUUAAUGACGAAGAUCCAUUGCAAUAUAGUUGGUCCAUAAUAGUAUCACUCAGAUAUGAUUGUCAACACAAGAAUUAUCCAUUUACACAUUGUUGUAGUGGAACAAUUGUUACUGAAUCAUAUAUUCUCACAGCAGCUGAUUGUGUUGAUAGCUUGUCCGGACAUAUGUCAUUAGCUAAUGUGACUAUUGCUGCUGCUAUUCAUAAUCAAUCUGAAUUAGGUCAAAUAAUUCGAAAAGUUGAUCACAUUAUUAUUCAUCCGAACUGGAAAAAUUAUCGAAAUCGUCGAAAGCAUAAUGUUGCUCUUUUACAUUUAUCAAUUCCCUUAGAUUUUACCGUAGAUAAAUGUAUUGCUCGAAUAUGUCGACCAACCGGCUUCAGUUUACUAAAAGAUGUUCUACAAUAUCCAUCAAAUAGCACACGAUUAUUGGCUAUUGAAUUGGAUCCUUCUAAAAAACAUUUUGAUUCAACAGCAUCUGUUAGUCUACAAAAAUAUGAAGUAUCUUUAGUGGAUAACAAUGAUUCAAUAUGCAAUGGAUUGGUUUAUGAUGUCGAACAACAAUUUUGCACUAGAUUAUAUCAUGAUAGUAAAGAUUCAUGUAACCUGGAUAAAUCUGGAGAACCCAUUUUACAAUGGAUUGAUAAUCGUUGGAUGCAGUUGAAAAGUUUUACACCUUUAACAAUUGCAAAAAAUACCGAUUCAGUCACAAAUCGUACCAUAACUUAUAAAUGUAAUGCACUUAUGGUAUCAUGUGGUUGUGGGAAAGAAAAUGUUGAAUUAUCACCUACAAAAAUUAUUGGUGGUGAAGAAGCAGUUCCAUAUAGUUGGUCGAUGGUUGUAUCUAUUCGUUUAAACAAAUCCGAAGAUCAUUCAUGCGCUGGAUCAAUUCUUACUGAAUCCUAUAUUUUAACAUCAGCACAUUGUGUUGAUGGUGCAUCAGAGUUGGAAGUAUCUAUUGCUACUGGUAUUCAUAAUCAAAUCGAAGACUUUACAAUGAUUCGUUAUGCACAUGGUAUUUAUAUACAUCCUAAUUGGAAUAGAAGUGAUAGUACUUAUCGCAAUGAUAUUGCUAUAUUACGUAUUUUUCCUCCAUUAUUCAUUCCUGGUACUUUAGGUCUAGCUCGAACAUGUGUCCCAUAUAUUAAUUCAAUAAAUGAAACAGUAAACUAUCCAUCAAAUGGUAGUCAUUUAGUCAUUGUUGGCUGGGGUUCAACUCAAUAUGGUUACAAUAAUAUGUCUAAUACACUUCAACAAGCUAGUGUAUAUAUGAUUGAUAAUGAUGAUCACAUCUGUCGACAAUUGAUUCAUGAUGUAGAAAAACAAUUUUGUGCUGGAAUGUAUGGAAAAGAUCCAUGUCAAGGUAUGUAUAAAUGUCAAAAGUAUAGAUUUGAUACAAAAAUGAAUUUUUUAGGUGAUUCGGGUGGUCCAAUUUUUCAAUGGAAGGGUACUUAUUGGGAACAGGUAGGUAUUACAAGUUAUGGAGAAGGAUGUCAUCAAAUCGGUUCUCCAGCUAUUUUUACACGAUUAGCUUAUUAUUUUAAUUGGAUGGAAUCUGUAACAAAUAUCUCACUAACUACAACUACGCCAAAACCUCCUCCAACACCAAUUUCAUAUGCUUGUAACAGAACAUCAUCAUGUGGUUGCGGAAAGACUGAUGUGUUUCUAACAUCUUCUCGUAUUGUUGGCGGUGAAGAUGCUAUGAAAGAUAGUUGGCCAAUGAUUGUGUCUGUUCGUUUAAACGGCACUAACGAUCAUUCAUGUGGUGGAACAAUAUUAUCUAAUUCAUAUGUUCUUACUGCUGCUCAUUGUUUUCGUCGAAUACCUAUAGAAAAUCGUAUAGGUAUUACUAUAGCAGCAGGUAUGACAAAUCGAUCAGAUCUAUUACAAAUUAUACGUAAUGUUGAUCAAAUUUAUAUGCAUCCCAAUUAUACAAGUAUGCCAAAUGAUUAUCGUCAUGAUAUUGCUUUAUUACACAUUGAUCAACCAUUUGUAUUUGAAACAAAUUCACGUUUGACGAAAACAUGUAUUCAUCGUAUUGACCGACUAAUAUCAAAAACUCAAUAUCCGAAGAAUGGUACUCGUCUUGCUGUGAUUGGAUGGGGUAUACUUCGUUUUGGAACCACGUAUAUUCCGGAGAUUCUUCAACAAGCACAAGUCUUUGCAAUGGAUAAUGAAGACCCGGUAUGUUUAAGUUCUAUUAAUAAUACUGAAUUACAAUUUUGUGCUGGAUUAUAUGAAGGUGGAAAAGAUUCUUGUCAAGGUGAUUCAGGUGGACCAAUAUUCCAAUGGACUGGACAGUAUUGGGAACAAGUGGGUAUUGUAUCACAUGGAAAAAGAUGUGGAUUAGCUAGUUCCCCAGGUAUAUAUACUCGACUGUCUUAUUAUUAUCAUUGGAUGGAAGAAAUUCUGAAUCGUGAUGGCGAACAUUUGGAACCAAACAUUCUGCUCGAUGUAACUACAAUGAAAUCUACCAUCAUAAGUACAUCCGAGAUAUAUUCCUAUACUAAUACCUCAUAUUGGUCGUCCUCUACAACUUCAACUACUACGAUGUAUCAGUCAUCUUCUACAACUUCAACUACUACGAUGUAUCAGUCAUCGUCUACAACUUCAAAGACGACGACACCAAAUACUGCAUAUAAAUAUGAAUUUAAUAUGUUGACAUUCGGACUAUUUGUUCUUUUAUUCUUGUUGUAUCAAAUGUAA